GUCCUCUCCUUCCCGCUCGCACCAACACCCCUCCAAACGCCUCCAAAACUUCUCUAUCUACAGGCGCAAUGGCUGAACCGGAGGUUUCGCUGCUCGAGUACCUUGACCUCUCGCAGCUGACGUGUUUGAACGAGUCGGAGGAGCACACCUUCAAGACGAUUGUCGCUGACAAGAAGCCCAACUCGGGCAGCGCGUACGUCCUCAGCGACGCGGACGAGCAGCUCCUCCUCAGCAUCCCCUUCAACCAAGCGGUAAAAGUACGCUCGAUCGCGAUCCGGAGCGCGAGCGAGGCGCAGGCGCCGCGCACGCUGCGGCUCGUGACGAACAAGCCGUCGCUGAGCUUCGACGACGUCGAGGACGGCGCGAGCGUGCUGCAGGAGCUCGAGCUCUCCGCGGACGACGUGCGCGAGGGCCGCCGCGUCCCGCUCCGCUUCGUGCGCUUCCAGUCCGUGAACUCGCUCCACAUAUUCGUGGUGUCGAAUCAGGGUGGCGAGGACGAGACGCGGAUCGACUCGAUCGACAUCUUCGGGAUGCCGCUGCAAGGAACGAGGGACGUGAGCGGGUUGAAGAAGGUCGAGGACGAAUGAGAAUGAUACCACCGCCGGAGCACGCCCAGAAAAUAAUAGUCAGCAGCGCCACUGUACGCAUGUAUACGAAGACGGGACCCUGUAGAGCACCAUUGUACCACCCCAAACGUGCUAGACAUCAACGAUCGCAUUGAAUCUUCG